AUGGGUUCAGAUUCAGCAAAUGAAAUCUCACUUCCGCCUUAUGAUGCCAAUGAUCCUCGAGCGAUCUUGAAAACUCUAAUUCGCUGUAUUAUGCGGACAUUCUAUGAAGUGCCCAAAUCUCUUGUGAUUGAAUAUAUUUAUCAUCAUGAACGAAUCAAACAACAAGAUCUAGCUGAACGCCUAUGUUUAGAGCCGAAAGCAGUUCGAUCGUAUAUUCAAGAAUUCAAACGUGAUAAAUUCAUCAUAGAAGACCAUCGUCUUGAGUUGAAUGACGGCACGACUGGCCGACGUAAUCAAGAUCAAUAUUAUUAUAAGAUUGACACGACAGCAUUCAUUAACGUUGUUCGAUAUCGAUUAAUUCACAUGCAAAUGCAUGUCGAAAAUCUUGAACGACAACAAAUAUACAAAUCCUCGAAUUAUAAAUGUGAACAAUGUUCGAAAGACUAUACAGAAUUAGACUUUGGCAAGUUAUACGAUCCAAUGCAAGAUUUACUCGUCUGUUUAAUGUGUAGUGGAGUUGUGCAUGAAGAAGCUGAAACAAAGGAAACGACAGCUACUAAUCGGCAAACCAUUAAUCGAAGUUUAUUUUACAAACAAAUGAAACCCAUUUAUGAUAUUUUGGAAAAAAUCGAUGAAAUCAUGAAACAAGAACAACAAUUGAAAAAUACGUCCGAUCAAGAUUUUUUCCAACAGAAUGGAGAUUCAGCAGCAGCAGCAACAAAUCAUCAAUCGAAUAAAGACUCGACAAAUACACAUCGUUCCCAUGCAUCCAAUGUGUUCGAUCGUACAACAACAAUCAGUCAUGAUAUUCAAAUUGUUAUAGAAAAAGACGAUGAUGAUCAUUACUCACCGAUGGAUAUCGAUGAAACAAGCAAUACAGAUUCUGUCAUCGGAUCGUCGCGUGGUCCCGGUAAGCCAGGCAAGAAAUCAAAUAAGCUAGUACAAUCAACAGCCGAAGUUGCUGCUCAACCAUUACCAAUCAAAAUGAAACUAGCAAGUAAAAAAGCACCAUAUGAGCCGAAAGCAAUUCCGCCUUGGUUCAUUCGUUCAACCGUCCAUACUGAUCCAGAUGAAGAACAACGAUUGAAUAAAUCAUCACUGCAUUCAACUGGAGCUUCGUCGCAUUUCUCACGUCAAUUGUCCAAUCAAAGAUUAACUAAAUCUUCAAGUCUCAAUGAUAUAAAACAAAUGUUACUUAUUCACGAAUCACGACGAAAUAAAACGUUAGCGAUGACAACGAUGGAAGAUUCUCUAAGUCCACCAACACCUAUACAACUGACAAAAACGGCUGAUUCACAAUAA